CGAGGUCUGCGACAGAAUGAAGACCAUCAGCUUUUUAAUGUUGUUCGCCCUGCUGGCCAUGGCCGUAGCGGCUCCCGCUCCAUCCCCCGGUGAUGACCCAACCGUAUCCUUUCUGCGCUACUCGAACAACCAGGACUUGGAGAGCAUUCAGAGGGCUAUCAUCGAACAAUACGAACAGGUCGGAGGCACCACGCAAGUGCACGCACCGCAGGUGGCCAGAAUCGUUAACCCACAAAGAUUAAGAAUCAACAUUUAAUGCUCUCCGAAAAUAAAUCGUUAAUAUUUGUGAGUUUAAA